UGAUAAGGACCUCAGCCAGCCAGUAUCCAGAGUAUGUCUUUUUAUAAUCCUCCAAUCAGUUUUCUUUGAAUAGGAGGGAUUAAGCGCUUGUACGUAGCCAUUAGGUUUGUUUUGUUGUUCCGGUCUACCUAACCUAGCAAACUAGCUCCAGUAGCACCGAGUAGCACUGGUAGCAACUUGAGAAGAGCCCACAAGCCUUGUCAAAAAUUAGCUGCAGUACAAUAAAGUGUAGGCAUUUUUUUGUCAACAAGGUGCUUAGAGGGCUGCGCAAAUCUUUUUCUCAAAAAGCGGAGCUUUGGACUCUUAAAAACUGGGGUGUCCAUCUCUUUUGAGUAUACCCUGCUAGCACUGGCUUCCACCCUGUGACUCAUUGGUCACUAGAGGGGCCCCAUCAGAGCAAGGGCCCAAACUGUAGCUCCAGGUACCUUCUUGUCUGUGUGCGUGUGAGAUCUUGUGUUGAGUCCUCUGGAGACUCCCGGCUUGUCCAGCUAAGAUGUCCUCCAUCUUGCCGUUCACCCCUCCUGUGGUGAAGAGGCUGUUGGGCUGGAAGAAGUCUACUAGUGGCCCCGGUGGAGCAGGCGGUGGGGAACAGAACGGGCAAGAGGAGAAAUGGUGCGAGAAGGCUGUAAAGAGCUUAGUGAAGAAGCUAAAGAAGACAGGCCAGCUAGAUGAGCUGGAGAAAGCUAUCACCACACAGAACUGCAACACCAAGUGUGUCACCAUCCCCAGCAAUUGCUCUGAAAUAUGGGGACUGAGUACACCAAAUACGAUAGAACAGUGGGAUACAUCAGGCCUAUACAGCUACCCUGACCAAACCAGAUCCCUGGAUGGCCGCCUGCAGGUCUCCCACAGGAAGGGGCUUCCCCAUGUUAUCUACUGUCGCUUGUGGCGAUGGCCGGACCUUCACAGCCACCACGAGCUGCGCGCCAUCGAGGCCUGUGAGUAUGCCUUCCACCUCAAGAAGGAUGAGGUCUGCAUCAACCCCUACCACUACCAGAGGGUGGAGACCCCAGUGCUGCCUCCUGUUCUUGUGCCAAGACACUCGGAAAUCCUGCAAGAUCUACCACCUCUGGAUGACUACACUCAUUCCAUACCUGAGAACACAAACUUCCCCGCAGGAAUCGAACCUCCAAACAACUAUAUACCAGAAACGCCUCCACCAGGCUACAUCAGUGAGGAUGGGGAGGCAAGCGAUCAACAGAUGAAUCAAAGUAUGGACACAGGUUCUCCAGCAGAGCUCUCCCCGAGCUCCCUGUCUCCUGUCAACCACAGCAUGGACCUCCAGCCGGUGACUUACUCUGAGCCAGCCUUCUGGUGCUCUAUAGCCUAUUACGAGCUGAACCAGCGUGUGGGAGAGACGUUCCACGCCUCUCAGCCCUCGCUGACGGUGGAUGGAUUCACCGAUCCAUCAAACUCUGAGCGCUUCUGCCUGGGCCUGCUGUCUAAUGUCAACAGGAACGCCACUGUAGAGAUGACCCGGAGGCACAUAGGAAGAGGAGUUAGACUCUACUACAUUGGAGGGGAGGUAUUUGCUGAGUGCCUGAGUGAUAGCGCCAUCUUUGUCCAGAGUCCAAACUGCAACCAGCGGUAUGGCUGGCAUCCAGCAACAGUGUGUAAAAUUCCUCCAGGUUGUAAUCUAAAAAUCUUCAACAACCAGGAAUUUGCAGCCCUGCUGGCUCAGUCUGUCAACCAGGGCUUUGAGGCUGUUUACCAGCUCACCAGGAUGUGCACCAUCCGCAUGAGCUUUGUCAAAGGCUGGGGAGCCGAGUACAGGCGGCAGACUGUCACAAGCACUCCUUGCUGGAUCGAGCUGCACUUGAACGGCCCCCUGCAGUGGCUGGACAAGGUUCUGACUCAGAUGGGUUCCCCGUCUGCCCGCUGCUCCAGUAUGUCCUAAACAGCUAAAGAAAUGCCCCCAAAAAACGCAGCCCAUUACAUGAUCAUUAAAUUCCCAACUUGUGAGUCCUUUCAUGAAAAGAAAGAAAAAUAAUAAUGGAAACCCCACAGAAUGAAUUUUCUGUAACAUUCUCCAUAGUAUUUGUGGCCCAGUUCCACACCCCUCUUUUAACUUUACACACACACACACACACACAAAAGAACAAAUGCACCUACACUGUUGCACUCACACAUACAGACUUCAUAAAAAAAAAAAAAAAAAAAGAAAUUGGCACUUUGUUACCCAUCUAUGUCAUGCACCUUGUUAAAUUGCUUUUCCCCAAAUCCUUAAUAUUAGAUCUAUUUGUGGUACAAAUGAAAUGUAUAUUGGUUUUUAGUCCAGGAAGUAGGGGAAAUACCAAAAAUAUCUGUGAAUAGUUUCUCAGUAUUGAAGAUUGCUUGUAUGAGUAACACAAGCUUGAAUGCUAAAAUGAUCUUUGUUCCAGCCCACCCCAACCAUUGUUCUGAACCUAAGUUUACUUUACUUUGGGGAAGCUUGGCCCCAUCUUUUGUCAAGGGGAGGUGGCUUGGUGAAGAAACGAUGAUGGCCUUGGUGGCAGUUCUCCUCCUGAAGGAAACGCCACACAAUGUGUUUAUGAAAUUUGAAUUGACUCUGCCAGAAUGGCCCUUUUUUUUUUUUUUUUUUUUAACUCUCGACGUGUGUCGUUAUAAGACAUACUUCUUAAUGGACAAAUAGGAAUGUUAGUUUAAAAAAGAAAAAAAAAACGAAGUAAUUCCAAAACAAACCCAAACAAACUGCAAACUCGAUCUGGAUGUAGUUUAUUUCUUUGUCAUUAUAUGGCACUCUACAUGUCCAUGGUUUAGUUGAUUUCCAUCCCCACUGAACAGCCUGCUAUGGAAGCUAAUGAGAUGUUGGCCAGGCUUUGUAAGGUGCACUGGGCAGGGACCAGAGAAUAUCAGCUGUUUAUCAAAAGCUUAUUUUAUUUUUUUUUCCUCUUUUUGACUCGACACUGGGAGUCCUGGGGCUCUCCAUGGUGAAGCAUUGAACGUGUCACCGGGAGAAAUUGAAGUUAUCAAUGAAUUAAUUCUGUUUUUAGCCUAUAUCCCCAUUGUUUUGCUACUUUUUUGUAUUCUCAUGUAUUUUUAUAUAUAAAUAUACUUAAAAAAAAUUCUGUCGUUCACUUUUUAUUAAAGUAAUAUUUUCAAGACCACAGCUGUUUCUAAAGUGACAUAGAGGGCAUGGAUCAUUCCUUCAUUUUACCCAAAAGGUUUAGUUUGAAUUAAUUUCCAAUUGCAGCUCUUUUGUCUUGUUUAAAAAAAAAAAAAAAAAAAAAAAAA